UUGGUCAUUUGGGUUUGCCUCCCACUGGCUGAAGUUCACAGGUUAAUAUGCUUCGUCAGAAAGUAUCAUGAAACGUGGAUUUCAUCGGACCUGUUUCCAGUUUAUUUGCAUCCUGUUGCGUCCUAAAGGCAAGAUACGGAGGUAGACUUAUUUAUUUAGGAGUGUCCAGAGUCAUGAAACUUAGUCCUUGUCAAGCCCCAUUAUAUGGCAAGUGUGUGCUAACAGUUCAGCUCUGUGAUGAGGCGCUCGGUGAAGGAGAACAGGGGGAGGUGCAGUUCUUCCUGUUGUUCACUGGCUCUGCUCAGAGACAUCUCACCAGCACACUGAAGGUCAACCAUGCGACCCUUCAGGCUGUGUGUCCAGCUCAUAACUGCUGUGAGUCGGUGCUGGUCACCCUGUGCUCAGCAGGACCGGAUGGUAACAUUCUUACUCUGGCUACUGAGCACCUACACUUCGUGCAGGACCUGGCCUUCGACAUGGCCCAGUUCCUGGUGAGCGCAGUGGGGCAGAAAAAUCUGCUGGAGGAGGCUCUGCUACUAGAUGAACAUCAGAUCCCUCUGCAGGAGUGCGAAAAGCUGGACCAGAGUCUUACCCUGGCCCUCAAACAUAUCACGCUACCCCCUGGCUGGAGCCUGCUGGGGAAUAGCACACGGCUGGAACCUCAAGAGACCCUCCUUCACUUCGCAGCCCGUCGCGGUCUCCUCAAAGUGGCCAGAUUUCUCCUCAAGCAGCCAGGGGCCCGAGAGACCCUCAGCUUGUGUAAUAAACAGGGCUCCACACCAGUAGUCAUCGCCCAGAGUCGAGGACAUACGGCUCUGCUGGAGCUCUUCAGCCGGGAGAGUUUACACACAGACAUUGAAGUUGAGACGCUCAGACAGCUCUCCUCCUCGGGCAGUCGUGUGGUGUGGCACCACCCCUCUCUGAACACCUACACCCUAUCUGUGGGCACCCAGCCGGGCGGCGUAACACCCAACCUACAGGUCGACAUCCUGGAACUGUACAGACUAAUCCUUAGCCAUUGUCAAGAGAAGGGAGGAGUUGCCUUUCAGCAGAGCUCAGACUCUCCACACAUUGCCCAAGAAUGUGAUGACGGCCUGGAGACCAGAGAUUGUGGUUGUGAAGAGGCACCGAUUGACUCCCUAAAGACGAGAGAACAAGGGCUCGCUCAUUUUAGCACAGAGGAAAACAAAGGAGAAUGUAAUGACCGCCUUGAUCCUUCUCAAAUCAGGGAGGGUGAAGGAGGUCCCUCGCUCAGCUGUGAAACUGACCCGGCUCUCCCACACAAUGGUAAUAGCGCAGAUCAGCGGGCGUGUGCUUGUGAAAACAGUGAGACUGAUUGCAAAGAGCAAGAGAAGUAUUCAAAUACUGGUAUAGUUAGUACCGGUGAUGUUGGAGAUAAUAGUGAUGGUUUGCAGAGCUGUUCUGAGAGCAUAGUCAACAGAACCUCUUCCUGCGGACAACAGAAAGAGGAAGCUGAUAAAGCAGAUGACUUAAUCUGUGAAACCCCGUUUUUUGCUGAGGGACCUGAAGAGGAAAAUCAGGAAAAAGGACACAAGUUUUUGGAGGAGAAGGAGCCAUCUGAACGGAGCUCGUUCGUUGAGGCAGGAGAUAUGGGAAUCACUCAGUCUUUGGACACACCGGAGAGCUCGGAUGUUGAAUCUUGUUCUCAGGGUGCAGAGACUGAUGAUCAAGAAGAGGAUGAGUGCGGAGAUUUCAUAGAUCCAGAGGAGGUUCGAGAAGAAAGCAAGAAGCCACUGGAUCUAAAUCCUGAUGGAGAUACACGUCUAGAUUGCUCGCAACAAAAUUUGGUGCAUGCUUGUGAAGAUGUUUGUGAUAAAACAGAUGACACAGUAACCCAACUUGAGGAAGGCAUUUGUGAGAAGAUCACGUGUAGUGUGAAAGGUAGGCGAGAUCUUGAUUCUUCAGGAAUCUGUGGUCAAGAAGACACUGAUGAGGAGUUUCAGGAGAGUCUAGAAAUGCCAUACUUUGAAACAGAUGGCAACCAACUUAGUGAUACAACCUCAAGGACUAUGGUUGCUGAAGAUGAUAGCAUUUUACACAUGCAUGAAGUAAAUCGAGUUCUGUUGCCUGUAGAAAAGACAAUUCCUUCAAUUGAAGAAAGUGAGUUUGAUGGACAGAAACGAAGUUCUUCCAGCGUCUUACAAACUGAGCUUAGUCCAGAAUCUGGAUCAACCACAGCAACUAGUGAGGACACCUUAGAAGAUCUAGAGGUUCUUUUAGGUUCUAGUUUUGAGAGGAUGGAGAAGGUUCAGGGGAACCAGAAGAACCAACCUGUUUGGGAAGCUCAGGCAUCAGAGGAGGAAGUUCUUGAGUCAGCAAUUUCCGCAGAUAUGGAGAAAGUGAAUCUCCCAGAUGACUCCUCUCAGGAUCCCAGACAGGAUAUGACCUCAAACAGUGAGGUCAUGUGGGGCACGGCAGCAGUAGACCUUUCAGAAGAGGAUGCGGCUGUAGCUUUUGAAAACACAGAUGAAUCAGGAGAUCAGCGUGUCUUGUUGGAUCCCUUGGACAUAUUAGCCCAGUCAAAUGAGUUUGGAAUCUCUGAGGAAUGCCUGACAGUCAAUGCAGAAGAUCUGUUAGGUGUUUUGGUCCACACUGACCAUGUAGAUGGUGCCUUACAUGUCCCAAAUGCUCUUGCUGAGGAAGACGUUAUAGUUUCUUCUGUAUGUCCUGAGCAAGCCCAAGCAAGCUUAGAUCCUUUGUCUCAAGAGAUAGAAGCUACAGCACAGGAAGCUGUACAACCAAUGGGUGAAGACGGCCUACUGAAGGAGUCAGAUGCAAGUUUGGAGGAUCAGACUGACUCUCAGAAGACAAUGUGGCCUGAUAUCACAGAAAAAAAAGACGCACCAGUGAUGCACAGAGACAAAGACACACUGAGUUCCAGUGAUUCCCAGAAGAGACACAGCUUAUCCACAGAAAGUUCACAGUAUCCUGAGUUUCACACUUGCAAUUCAGAAACGGUCCCAUUUCGAGACUCAGGAAGCGAUACGGAUGGAUUUCUCAGUCCCGACACUGGAGAAGACAACAUCUUCAGAAAGGGGCAGGAGGCAGUAGGGGGAGGCGACAGCACGAGCGAGGUGUCCGUCUCCUGCUCCUCCACAGACGACACGGCAAGCGUGGGCCAUCCCAGCUCCUCGGCCGAGAGCUCAGAGGAGGUGCGGCACGGAGGGGAGGCGGAAGAGGAGGCCAAAGACAGCUUAACAGAGGGGCCGCUGCCCACCGUACACUCGCUCUCUCCCUUCCGCAGACACAGCUGGGGUCCUGGGAAGAACCAGGGAGGGGAAGAAGAGAUGAACCAGCGCAGUUCUGUACGAAGUGCAGGAGAGGAAAAGCCUGUGUUUUACCGAAGAAGUCUGAGCUGGUGCCCCAGUGAACCCUGUCGAGAACUGGAAGAAAUUAGAGAGCUCAUCAGUUAUAGUUUGGAGGGUCUAGCAGCAGGGAUUGAGGAUGGCAAACGUUGGAUACAACAGUCCGGAGGUCCGUCCGAGGAUCAGAGAGGGGUUCAGAGGCAGGAGAGUGAGGAGAGGGGCUCACUGAUGUCCCUCACAGAAGAAGGUCCCGAGUCCGAUUUGGGAGAAUGCAGCAGUCCAGCUGAACAGAAAUCGAGGAAGUACCAUCAGUUCAGACGCAGUGGUCCCUCUGUGACCCUCCCCCUCAAAAAAUCAGUCUCUAUGCUUUCCAUCAGCCAACGGGACAUAGAUGGCAUGACAUCAUUCACCAGUACCACCAGAUCAAUGGGAUACAGCAUCACAGAGGAGGAACCUGGACCUUUAAGAGGAGAAUUUGAAAAAAGUACCACUAAAGUGAGCCGGACGUUCAGCUACUUGAAGAACAAAAUGUACAAGAAAGCCAGAGAAAGAGAAAAGGAAAAGAAUCGGGAGAAAGACCGAGAGGCCAAAGAGAGAGAGAAGAAAUCAGUGAAUGGACACGUGUUCAGCACAUCAAGCUUGCUGCAUCCAGCUUUGUGCCAGCAAUGCAACAAAACCCUCAACACUAAAGAUACUGUCAACUGCACAAAUUGCAAUGUGAGAGUUCACAAGAGUUGUAGAGAAAGCCUCCCAGUUUGUUCCAAAAGCAGAAAGGUUUGA